GUAGACAGCAAGCAGUUUAUAAACGAAGGCGCAAAACUCACCGCACCAGCAAAGAACAAGUAGCUAGCUCGCAGCUCCCUUUUGAUGCCAAAAAGAGGCCACGAAUCGAAUAAUAAUUGAAUAGCUGUCUAGUAACUUUAGCUAUAUUUUGUCAGAUCCUUUCAGCCAAGUGUGGACCUUCGCGGGGGAAUAUUUUUAGGAACUCUAUUGGAGGGAUACACGUGGGAUAUAAUGCCAAGAAAAGGGAGAAAUGUGGAAUCCAGGACAAUUGAUCAUGAGAUGCCCAAGGAAACUACAGUGAGAGCCAGGAAAAGAAAAGCAGAUGUUGCCAUUUAUUUGCAAGACCCAGAUGAAGUGGCAGAGAUGACGAAAAAGAAACUGUGUGGAACUCAGGUGUGCUGGAAUCCCGAGUCGGUUUACACAAGCCCGUGCAGGCGGAGCCCCACGCCUGACAAUAAAGUAGAUCAACCAGUUGCCUUGAACGCCACUGGGUUUUCUGCUCAGUACACCUUCAAAAACAUAUUUGUCACCCCCACCAGGUCUUCCCCUCUUCCUGUGCUAUGCUGGGCAAGCAGAGACGAUGUAUGGAACAACCUGUUGAAGAAAGACAAGACGUAUUCUCGAGACAUCCACGUCAUGAAAAAACACCCACACCUCCAACCCAAGAUGAGGGCUAUUCUUCUGGACUGGCUAAUGGAGGUGUGCGAGGUGUACAAGCUACACAGAGAAACCUUCUACCUGGCUCAGGAUUACUUUGAUAGGUUCAUGGCCACACAGACCAAUGUUUUCAAGUCAACACUACAGCUCAUCGGCAUCUCUUCUCUUUUUAUAGCUGCCAAGAUGGAGGAAAUCUACCCUCCAAAGGUGCACCAAUUUGCCUAUGUUACUGAUGGGGCCUGCACUGAGGAUGAUGUCCUAUGUAUGGAGCUAAUCAUUAUGAAGGAGCUGAAGUGGUGUUUGAGUCCCCUGACAGCUAUUUCCUGGCUAAACAUCUACAUGCAGGUUGCCUACCUGAAAGAGUCCGAAGAGGUUCUCAUCCCACAGUACCCACAAAAUACGUUUGUACAGAUUGCUGAGCUCCUUGAUCUUUGUGUGUUGGAUGUGAAAUGUCUGGAGUUCUCCUACGGAGUGCUGGCUGCCUCUGCCCUGUUCCAUUUCUCCUCGCUGGAGCUGGUGGAGAAAGUUUCAGCUCUGAAGUGGUCAGACGUUGAGGAGUGUGUGAGGUGGAUGGUCCCCUUUGCCAUGUCCAUCAGAGAAGUGGGCAGCUCAGCCCUGAGGAACUUCAAAGGAAUCCCAGCAGAUGACAUGCACAACAUUCAGACCCAUGCUGCCUAUCUGGACUGGAUGGCGAAGGCAUGCUCCUACCCACAAGUGGACGUAGAUCGCAGCCAGAGUUCUCCAGUACCGUCCGGAGUGCUCACUCCACCCCCAAGCAGCGAGAAACCAGAGGGCACAGUCUGUUGCUAUCCAUUGGGUUAGUAUGGGCACGGGCUGAGGAAGUCUCAUGACGGGACCAAGAUAUUGGAGGAUUGGGAGAAAUCCAUGGCAUUACACCAAGUCCUCGUGUGAUUUUUCUACAUGUGUGCAUGUGUUAUUCCAUUAGUUGUUUUGGUGCAAAGGUGAAUGGACAUUUUUGGACGUCUGCCUUUUUUGAGUGAGUGACAGUUUUUUAAAAUUGGAGUGAUGCCAAGCUGGACCACCUGCCAAAAACCCAGAGCUGUCACCGGCUCUGAGUGCUGCUAAAGAAGGUGGACUUGGCUUGACUGAGGAACAGUGGAUGGAUGAGUGUUUUGUGUAGCUCACGCUUGCCAUUUUGAGAAAGAUAAUACUGCCAGGUUUGGUUUGGGGACCAGUAGCUCUGCUGCCAAAAUGGACAAGUUGAACAGCCUGCUUCAGAAGCGGAAAUAUGGAUUGUAUUUAAGAUUUUAACUUGGCAAAUUUUCUCUAGCAUUUGAGUUUUUACCAAAAUGUAUGAUAUUUUUGUUUUGAAAUGAGAUGCUGCUACUUAUCUUUUUUUUUUUUUUUAAUAAAGUCACUGUCGCAGACAGCUUUUCUGUUUUACAAUGUUGUGGGUCUUGGCUUUGUCCAGGGACAGGGAUUGUAGCCUGGUUUUUUUCAUUGACUCAUCACAUGCUAGAGAGGCCAAGGAUAACAGCUGGCAAGGCAACAGCAUCAUCAUCUAACUCCGUUUAGGAGCCUGAGAUUGCUGAUCUACUGAGGAAGUCCUGCUGUAGCCUAUGAUGAUGUCAUACUUUUUGUUCUGUGUUACACUAUGUGUAACCCAAGUAUGCCUAGUAGGCUAGGUCUACUAUGUAGCACAGGCCUACAAUGUCUUUGUACCAUUUAGGAGGACCACAAUGGAAAAGUUCGCUUUUGUCAUCAAUUUUAAAUGCAUGAUCCACGUGUGGUUGUAUGUUGAAAUUGUCAAAUCUCUCUUUGCUGGAUUAAUGACAUGCACAAUAUGUUGACUUGCGUAGGUAUGUAACUCAUCUGAAAAUGUAUAUAGAGCAGAUUUGAAUGUUUGACGGGCAAUGAUGUAUGUCUACGAUUUCAUUAGUGUCCAUGCUACUCAAUGUGGCCGUACCUUUUUAAAGCCUUAUCAUUUUUACACGUGCCUUUUCUAAACUAAAGUUUAUGCUGAAAGUUAAUCAAAUGCAUAACAUAAGACUUACAAUGUCCAAGAGAAGAGUGAUCUAAAGGCACGUUUCUAUGAAAAAUAAAUCGCUAGAAACUGC